CCAGCAUGCCACCGACCGAAAAGCGCCGCAACUGGACGUGUGAGGAGGACCUAGUUCUUCUCAUUCAGGCAGCAGCCGACCAGCUGUUUGCGGCAGAGAAGGGUGGUGUGACGAAAGCGUGGCAGGCACUCGCAGACACUCUAAUAGGCUGCGAACACUUUGUUCGUGUGGUGGACGGUCGCCGCGUUCAAAACAGAUUUACGGCUUUGGUUGAAGAGCACCGGCGUUUUGACAAGGCGUCGGCAUUGCUCUCUGGUGUGUGUGAGGAAGAAAAGGAGAAGCAUGUCAUUGCUGCAGCCAAGAAAAACGACACAGCUUCCCAGGACAAGGAUAAAGUGGAGCAGGAUGCCCUCAUUGUGCGUGACGUGGCCAUGCGUACAUUGAAGCGACGCAAGGAUUGUGAAUUGGACGAGCUAAAGAGGAAGUCGCCAACGGAGAACCGUCGCAACAGCCUUGCUGCAUCGAUUGAAGUCGAGGGGGAGCGCGAGUUGUUGGUCCGAGAAAAGGAAUUGGAGUUUCAGCGCUUCAAAUUUGAGGCGGAGUUGAAGGAGAGAGAGCGUUUGCGGGGGCUUGAUCGAGAAGAAAUGAAAGCGGAGAGAGACCACCAAGUACUACUUGCACGUAUCGAGAGCGAGAAGAUGUUGACUAUGUUCAAAGCAGUUGCCGAAGCAAAGAAAUAG